AUGUCUGGUACUUCUACCACCUCGGGCGCGAGUGCAACCGGCACUGCCUGCGCCGCCAGGGUCUGGCAGAUCCCCACCACAGAUGCGGCCUGUGCGGCUGUUGUCAGUGGGAACAUGACCGAUGUGAUGGAGUCGUGCUGCAAGCGCGCGAAGAUCUUCAAAUAUGACAACGACUGUGGUAUCUACUGUCUCGCCCAGGGCCAGGAGGUCAACGAGCUCCAGUCCUGCCUCACCAACAGACGCGGCAAUGAUCAUGUCGUCUUCUGCAAUGCUGCUUCCAAUGCGACUGCUACUGCUACACGCGCCAGAUCCACCUCCACGGGCACUCACAGAGACUCGUAUCCUACCUCGACUUCCACGAACGCUGCUAUUGCGAACCAGUCAGUCUCCAAGUCUAGUCUUGGAUUUAUUGCACUCCUUCUCGGUUCUACUUUUAUGGCUAUCAUUGCUUGA